CGCUCGCCCCCUCUCGCCCCCGCUGGGUCCCGCUCGCCCCCUCUCGCCCCCGCUCGCCCCCGCCCCGUUUCCAGGGACGCCGCGCGCCCGCCGCUCCCGCCGCCCAUUGGCCGUUGCGUGGCAACCGGCUCCGCCCGCUCCCGCCGUCGCGCGUCCCUGACGUCAUCUCGCGGCGCCGCAGCCCGCCGCGCCAUGGCGGAGGUGAAGGUGAAGCCGGAGGCGCCCGACCCCAUGGACAUCGAGAGCAGGAUCAUUGAGCUGUGCCAGCAGUUCCCCCACGGCAUCACGGACCAGGUGAUCCAGAACGACAUGCCUCACAUGGAAGCUCAGCAGAGGGCCGUGGCCAUCAACAGGCUGCUCUCCAUGGGGCAGCUGGACCUUCUGAGGAGCAGUGCAGGUCUCCUGUACAGAAUCAAAGAUUCCCAAAAUGCAAGUAAAAUGAAAGGUUCUGACAAUCAAGAGAAGCUGGUUUACCAAAUCAUAGAGGAUGCAGGCAACAAAGGUAUUUGGAGCAGGGACAUUAGGUACAAAAGCAAUCUGCCUUUAACAGAGAUCAACAAGAUACUGAAAAACUUGGAAAGCAAGAAACUAAUUAAAGCAGUUAAAUCUGUGGCAGCAUCCAAGAAGAAGGUCUACAUGCUGUACAACCUGCAGCCCGACCGCUCCGUCACCGGAGGGGCCUGGUACAGUGACCAGGACUUCGAGUCUGAGUUUGUGGAGGUGUUAAACCAACAGUGUUUUAAGUUUCUGCAGAGUAAGGCAGAGGCAGCUCGAGACAGCAAACAGAACCCCAUGAUACAGAGGAACAGCUCGUUUGCCUCAUCCCACGAGGUGUGGAAAUACAUCUGUGAACUGGGCAUCAGUAAGGUAGAGUUAUCAAUGGAAGACAUUGAGACCAUCUUGAAUACUCUGAUCUAUGAUGGCAAAGUGGAGAUGACCAUUAUUGCUGCCAAGGAGGGGACAGUGGGCAGCGUGGAUGGGCAGAUGAGGCUGUACAGAGCCGUUAGUCCUCUCAUCCAGCCCACUGGGUUGGUCAGGACACCCUGUGGACUCUGCCCUGUUUUUGAUGACUGUCAUGAAGGUGGUGAGAUUUCUCCAUCAAACUGUAUUUAUAUGACAGAGUGGUUGGAGUUUUAAAGUCAAAGAAAACUGGAUUCAUCCUUCACAGCCAAAGUGACAAAGCAGCUUGCUUUUUUUAAAAGCGGACUUCUAAAUUUGUAAGCAACUUCAGGACAUGGAGUGACAAACCAGCCAUGAUCAGUUGUGUGAGCUAUCCUGGGAGUGGACUGGAAGUGGAGUCAGUGCUGAAGAUCAAGGCUGAAGUGGAAAUGUAGAUCCAUUCUUCAACCAAAAUUGGAGAUGGCAACUAAGGUGGUUAACAAAACAGAUUUCUAAGCAACAGUUCAAAAUAAAGUUCAAACGAGGUUGAGACAUUUUAGUCUUAACAUUUAUCAGUCCCUCACAGCUGAUCAGAAAAACUUGCAACAAGUGGUACCAAGAAUGAGAUCCCAAAUUUUGCUUUCAGAUUAAUGCUACUGAUGGAUGCUUAAGUUCUAAAGCUGACACUUUUCUCCCACGAUAGCUUCCAUCUAACUGAAGAAUAUGAUUCUGAUGUGGGAAAGAUUCUGAAUAUGUCAGACAGACACUGAACAAGUCAAACACUUACUGGUUCUUUAUUAUCUUUCUUACCUGCGUAUUUAUCAUUAAAACCCUGAUUUUUCUUACGUA